AUGCCUGACAUCAACAACAAUCAGGAGUCCAUCAUGGAUGACAGCAUGUCUGCGAGCCAAGUUCCUGGCCAGGGCUAUGCCCUGCGUUCAGGAGCUGUAGCGCUUCGGAUACCUCAGGGAGCCAUCGGACUCCCAAUGGUCCAGUACCCCAUCGACGAUACCAUGCCCGUGAAAGCUUGGGUGUUCGAGGUACAGCCUUCAGACCAGCGCCCUUACAAACCACUCCGACCUGAAGAUGAGCGCAAAGCACUCGAGGCCAUCAACCGCCAUCUGCCGCCCUCGGAGCGGAUCGAGAUCACCCAGCCCUCCCGUACUGUUACUGGUAUGGAGGUAGCUCUCAACCCGAGACCAAGACCCUACCCCGGAACCUCCCAUACCGGUCCUGAGGACGCUGCCCAAUCGACCCCAAGACGCUACCACGGCACCCACCUCCCCCUUCCUCCUCGAAGCCGGGAUCAACAAGACCGAAAUGAGGCAGCCAAAUCCCACGGAUCAUCGAAGAACAUCACACCAGCUCAGGCUACAGGAAAGGAGACGGAACCCAUGAAUUGGGCCGAGACGCAGAACCAGUAA